GUAGUUCCAUCUUGGGCUUCUUCUUCUUUCUUUGAUUCUCUGAAUUCUGAAUCUCUCCUCUCUCCCUGUCUUUUCGAUCUCUGCUUUCCAUAAGCUUCUUCUCUUCUCUCUCACCCUAAAAUUCAAAAAUGGCAACCGUGAACAGGCGCUCGGAGACUCAGGGUUACCAAGGCAACACACCUGUGACCACUACUACCAUGCCGACCUCAAAGCAGCCUGCCCCUGUGGCCAAGAGCGUCGACAGCCAAUCUGUUCUGAAAAGGCUACAGUCGGAACUGAUGGCUCUAAUGAUGAGUGGAGAUCCUGGUAUAUCUGCUUUUCCUGAGGAAGAUAACAUGUUCUGCUGGAAGGGUACAAUCUGUGGAAGCAAAGAUACAGUGUUUGAAGGGACAGAGUACAAGCUUUCUCUCUCUUUUCCAACUGAUUACCCUUUCAAAUCUCCCAAGGUCAAAUUUGAAACAAGCUGCUUCCAUCCAAAUGUAGAUGUUUAUGGAAAUAUUUGCUUGGACAUCCUUCAGGAUAAAUGGUCAUCAGCAUAUGAUGUGAGAACCAUAUUACUCUCCAUCCAGAGUCUGCUUGGAGAACCCAACAUAAGCUCACCUCUCAAUACUCAAGCAGCAGCACUAUGGAGCAAUCAAGAAGAGUACAGGAAAAUAGUGGAGAAGUUAUACAAAGCUGCUACUUAGUCUCAAUCUUCAGCAAGUUGAUGGCAUACCAUUC